AUGAAUAAUGAUUAUAUGAAACAACAAAAUUUGUCUCCAUCAACCGAGGAAGAGUUAAAUAUAUUUUUGUAUCCAAAUGCCAAAACAAAUCUUAAAAAAAUAAAAACAUUAAUAACUCAUGGCGAAUACGUUAAUGGAUUGUUAGCAACCGCUUCACAAAUUCUUUGCAAUCUCAAAGAAAUUCAAUUCAUCCUCACCAACACAAAUUACUUUGCCACAACAUUUCAAGAUUUAGGCAAGUUGAUCGAGUCGCAAAGAUCAUUGGAAAAUCUGUUGAUAAAAUGCAGUAGAUCAAAACCGCUUGGAUUCAAGAACAUUUUUCAGUCAUUAAUCAAUACCCAACUUGAAUCACUGACAACUCUUACAUUGGAAAACGUCGACUUUCAAAAUGAAUUCCCAUUUAAAUUAUUUAUUCACUUGAAGGAAUUAAAAUAUUUGAAAUUUGAGAGAUGUAUAAAUUUCGGAAAUAUUACUGGUGGAAGUGAACAAACAGUUUCAAAUUGUUCAAAUUAUUUGACACUUUUAACAAAUUAUUGUCAAAAUUUAAAAUGUUUUUCUGGAACAAUCAACUUGGAACAACAACAACAAAUGAUGGAUUUGAUUGAAUUUCUUAAAGCAAGUAAGAAUUUAGAAAAGAUCACCAUUAACGAUCUAAAAAAAUUACGUACAAAUGGACGUUUGUCAAGGCAUGUUUGGAUUAUUGAUAAACCAAUAACAACAGCAAAUACAACAACCACCAACCAUGGUUUGUUCAAUGAAUUUCUACCAGAAAUUGGCAAAUUUUUACCUAGUACAAUAAAAACAUUUAAAUUUCAAGGUGUUUUAUUAUUUUCACCCGAUUGUUUAAAACAAUUUCUAGCCAAUUGUAAAAGCGAUUUGAAAUACUUGGGAUUUGCUAAUUGUAAAGAUUUUUCUAAUGCACACUUGCAAAUUAUUAUUGAUUAUAUUGAAAAAAAAAGGAAAAAUGGUGUUGGUGAAACAUUAAAAAGGUUAAAUGUUAAGAGUUGUUAUUUAAUUAAACUCAAAGAUUUAGCAUAUGCUAAAAAUUUCAUAAAAAUUAUUAAUAGUAACCUAGAUAGAAUAAAAUGA